UUGCACAACAAUUUUUCGUUGUACAAACUUCUAGACAUACGGAGGGUCGAUGUACAAGCAUCCCGAACUCCUCGAUAUUGAGAUUUUGUCUCGUCAGUCCCCAGUUGCCUAAAUUUACUCCACAUUCUCCUCUUGCAAAGAAGGGUGUGAACCUCCUUACUGAACCAUGGUGGAGAGUUCCUCGGCCCCCUAGUGUAUCCCGAGAUAUGGUAUGCAAUAGCCUUCAAGGAUAAAUUUCGAAAUACACCCCUAGCUGUUUCAAUUAAGGACUUCAGCUCUAUUGUACAACCUUUCUGACGAUGCUGAGUGUAUAAUAUCUUGUGUAUUAGCUUUCCAGACGUAUGGUCUGGAUUGAGCUGAUGAUUGCUCGUUUUAGACAACUAUAUUGAAAUAAAUCAUUAGAAUAAGAUUUCUACUGUAUGACUGUCUUACCAAUUGACGCGGCACACUUCCAUUAUCACAGAUCUUUUUUUACCGAUCAUCGUAUCUGCAACGGAAUCAGUAGUUCUAAACAUUGAAAUGUGGAAAUAACUUAGUCUUUGUUUGGUCAGCUGUAGGACGUAACGUUCAUGUUUUUCAAAACAGUUGAGUUCACUUAGUGUAGUCAGCGUUCGUCCGCUGCAAAUUCCGCUUGUCCCGUUAGUUUGGAAGCGUUUCACAAGUGUUUAUCUAUUUACAGUAUCCACGUCCGCAUUUAUCUUGAAUCUCACUAUCAAAACCAAUAUGGAUCUAACUGUCCUUACUUCCAUUGUGUCGGGGGGCAUUGGUGUUUUCGUUGGCUGGUGUAUCUUUCGUCGGCUUGGUAGCAAUGUCAGUCUAGCAUCAAAACUGACUCAUUACAAGCCUGUUCCUGGUAAAAUGAAACUAGUGUUAAUAGUACGGUCUGAUCUUAAAAUGGGUUGUGGAAAGAUUGCUGCUCAGUGUUCUCAUGCUGCUGUUUCUUGUUAUGAAGAGAUUAUUGAGAGAAAUCCCGGUAUUUUAAAGGCAUGGGAAGAACAAGGACAACCAAAAAUCGUACUUAAAGUCGACAACUAUGAAGAAAUGCUUGAACUAUCCCACAAAGCCGAGUCAUUGGGCCUUGUUAAUUCAAUUAUACAUGAUGCUGGCCAUACACAAGUUCCUAAAGGCACCGCAACUGUUCUUGGGAUAGGACCGGCUUUAGCUUCUGAAAUAAACCUUGUUUCCGGUGAUUUAAAGCUGCUCUCUUAAGAUUAUUCCUGUAAACACUUACGACAUAUGCACCAGUGCAAAGUUGAAACCCAACUAUUUUAGACUUCAAAGAAAAAAUACGAG